GGGAGCGCUGCUCAUAACGGACCUGGCCACUUCGCUCGCUGCCCAGAAUGACUGUGUGUUUUGCGGCCGUGUAAGUGUGUGGUGCUGAUGAUGAGGAGUUCGGCCGUGCAGUUUGGUCGCUGUUUGUAGAAGCCUUCCAAGACAUUCCGUAAAUCGCGCGGUGGAUAUUAAAUUCUUUACAUGAAGAGAUGAAUCAGGCGUCGCACUCGCACUGUUUUAAGAAGCCGGUGAGCCCGCCCGUAGGUUAUGCGUAAAUCGUUCUGUAGAUAGCACAGUUGCUCUAUUUUCGUAAGCGGUAGCGGCAGCAGCGGCAGAGUGAGAUCGUGAGAGAGGGAGGAGCAGUUUGUUGGCUUUGACAAGGGGGAGGAUGGCAUAUGGAUUUGGAGAGGAUGCCGCAAAAAGCAAGCACCUCGCCGUUUCGUUAACAGAAAUGUUAAUCGCAACUGGUGGGCGUGUUGCUGAAGAACACUAAAAUAUCCCGUGAAACACCGGCAGUUGGAAUAUGCCAUCGCGUUUGCUAGUGGGCUUGGCCGCGUUCGUCGCUCCUUGACAAGUCAAUCAUUCGGAAUCGGAAUUCUGAGUGAAAGAAAGCGAACAACUGGGCGGAUGGUUUCAGCUGGGAAGCGCCGGGUGUCAUGGAGUUAUCAGUGGGGGCAAUUAUUUAAUCUUCAUUUUUAAACGGCCCGAUAUUUACGAGAAAUUAAUUUCACGAGAAGGGUGACAAAUUACUGUACAAUAAAAUGUACUCUUCAAAUGGAAGUUUGUGCUUAAAUAACAGUGUCAGUGGCUUCCAUGGCGCCUAAGGUUUGAUUAGUUUUACGCCCACAUCUUAAGCAGUAAUUAAUUGUCUUGCUAGGGAUAAUUUUACACAUUUUGUUUCAUAUUUAACGAGGCGGUGCAUUUCUCCCGGUUAAAGCACCGCUGGCAGAAUGAUGUGCGAGGUGAUGCCGACGAUAAACGAAGGGGACUCGGUUAGUCCCCGACGAGGGUCUCAGAACGGUUCCGAUUCGGACUCAAAUUUCGAACAACUGAUGGUUAAUAUGCUGGACGAAAGAGACAAGCUUCUGGAAUCUUUGCGGGAGACCCAGGAAACCUUGAUUCAGUCUCAGACGAAGCUGCAAGACGCCCAGCACGAAAGGGACAUUCUACAGAGGCAGAUUAAUUCGGCGCUACCGCAGGAGUUUGCCACGCUGACGAAGGAGCUGAAUGUGUGCAGGGAGCAGCUGCUGGAGAAAGAGGAGGAGAUCUCUGAGCUGAAAGCCGAGAGGAACAACACCAGGCUGCUGCUGGAGCACCUGGAGUGCCUGGUGUCCCGCCACGAGCGCUCGCUCAGGAUGACCGUGGUCAAGCGGCAGGCUCCGCCCCCCUCGGGCGUGUCCAGCGAGGUGGAGGUCCUCAAGGCGCUGAAGUCCCUGUUCGAGCACCACAAGGCCCUGGAUGAGAAGGUGCGAGAGAGACUGCGGGUGGCGCUGGAGAGAGUAACCACACUGGAGACACAGCUGUGUGCUGCUACACAGGAGCUCUCUGUAGUCCGGCAGAGGAAAGACAAGAUGGAGGGCGGGGACUCCCUGGACAAGAUGGACGGGUCCAAGCCCACCUGGAAGAGGCUCCCUAACGGCUCGAUCGAUGCGCACGACGAGGCAAGCCGCACGCUGGAGCUGCAGGAGCUCCUGGACAAGGCCAAUAAGGAGCUGGCGCAGAGCAAGGAGCGCGUGGGCGCGCUGACCUCCCGCGUGGGCGAGCUGGAGACCGAGCUCAGCACCUCCCGCAAGGACCUCCUCAAGACCGAGGAGCUCAACAACAAGUACCAGCGUGACAUCCGCGAGGCUAUGGCUCAGAAGGAGGACAUGGAGGAGCGGAUUACCACCUUAGAGAAGCGUUACCUGGCUGCGCAGAGAGAGACCACAUCCAUCCACGACCUCAACGACAAGCUGGAGAACGAGCUGGCCACCAAGGACUCGCUGCAUCGCCAGAGUGAGGAUAAGGUGCGGCACCUGACGGAGCUGCUGGAGUUGGCGGAGCAGCGGCUGCAGCAGACCAUGAGGAAGGCGGAGACUCUCCCAGAGGUGGAGGCGGAGCUAGCGCAGAGAGUGGCAGCUCUCAGCAAGGCCGAGGAGCGCCAUGGCAACAUUGAGGAGCGUCUGAGGCAGCUGGAGUCCCAGCUGGAGGAGAAGAACCAGGAGCUGGGGAGGGCCCGGCAGAGGGAGAAGAUGAACGAGGAGCACAACAAGCGCCUGUCGGACACGGUGGACCGGCUGCUGACCGAGUCCAAUGAGAGGCUGCAGCUGCAUCUGAAGGAGCGCAUGGCCGCGCUGGAGGACAAGAACGCGCUGAUCCAUGAUCUGGAGGGCGCGCAGAAGCAGCUGGAGGAGUUCCAUCUCACCAAGGAGAGGCUGAUUGGGGAGAUCGAGAAGCUGCGGGCCGAGAUCGACCACCUGAAGCGCAGGAGCGGAGUGUUUGGGGAUGGGGUACACCCGAGGUCUCACCUGGGCAGUGCCACAGACCUGCGCUUCUCCGUGGUCGACCCCCAGGGGGAGCACUUCAGCACCGGGGCCGUCAUCCGCCGCGCCCAGAAAGGACGGCUGGCUGCCCUGCGGGACGAGCCCACCAAGAUCCUGGCGGUGGUGGAGCAGGACUGGGACCGGUCGCAGCCCCCCAGCCUGCGGGCCAGCGUGACGCACCUGGUGGAGAGCGACCCCGAGCUGUCGGACCUGGACGACGACGACCGCGAGACCAUGUUCGGCUCGGCCGAGCUGCUCUCCCCGAGCGGCCACUCCGACGCUCAGACGCUCGCCAUCAUGCUGCAGGAGCAGCUGGACGCCAUCAACGAGGAGAUCAGGAUGAUCCAGGUGGAGAAGGAGUCUGCUGAGCUGCGGGUGGAUGAGAUGGAGAGCCGUGUGACCAGCGGCAGCAUGGACGCCCUCAACGUGACGCUCCGCCCCCGCUCCUCCAUCCCCACCUCCGUCACCGCCCUGUCACUGGCCAGCUCCUCCCCCCCCAUCAGCGGGCGCUCCACGCCCAAACUAUCGGCCCGCUCCACCGCCCACGAGCUGGGCAUCAUGACCCUGCCGAGCGAUUUAAGGAAGCACCGCAGGAAAGUCCUCUCCCCGGUGUCACGUGACGAGGCCCGCGAGGACAAGGCCACCAUCAAGUGCGAGACGUCCCCCCCCUCGUCCCCCCGCAACCUGCGGCUGGAGCCCAUGAGCUUCAGCCAGCUGAGCGGCAGCCUGGACGACGGGCGAGGGGGGAAGAAGAAGGGCAUUAAGUCCUCCAUCGGACGACUCUUCGGGAAGAAGGAGAAGAGCCGUCUGGAACAGCAGCUGGGAAAGGAAGGAUCAGUCACCACCGUGGCUGUUCCAGGUACUCUGGCUGCUCCAGGUACUCUGGCUGCUGCAGAUUUCGAGAUGGCGAUCGGGGACACCAUGACCCUGGGCAAGCUGGGGACCCAGGCCGAGCGGGACCGCAGGAUGAGGAAGAAGCACGAGCUCCUGGAGGAUGCUCGUAGGAAAGGCCAGCCCUUCGCCCAAUGGGACGGCCCCACCGUGGUAUCCUGGCUGGAGCUGUGGGUGGGCAUGCCCGCCUGGUACGUGGCGGCGUGCCGGGCCAACGUGAAGAGCGGCGCCAUCAUGUCGGCGCUGUCGGACACGGAGAUCCAGCGGGAGAUCGGCAUCAGCAACCCGCUGCACCGGCUCAAGCUGCGGCUCGCCAUCCAGGAGAUGGUGUCCCUGACCAGCCCCUCGGCCCCGCUCACCUCCCGCACCUCCUCCGGAAAUGUGUGGGUGACUCACGAGGAAAUGGAGAACCUGGCAUCCUCCAGCAAAGCGGAGAAUGAGGAGGGGAGCUGGGCUCAGACCCUGGCGUACGGGGACAUGAACCACGAGUGGAUCGGGAACGAGUGGCUGCCCAGCCUGGGCCUGCCCCAGUACCGCAGCUACUUCAUGGAGUGCCUGGUGGACGCCCGCAUGCUGGACCACCUGACCAAGAAGGACCUGCGCACGCAUCUCAAAAUGGUCGACAGUUUCCACCGAGCCAGUUUGCAGUACGGGAUAAUGUGUCUGAAGCGUUUGAAUUACGAUCGUAAAGAACUGGACCGGAGGAGAGAAGAGUGUCAGCAAGAUAUUAAAGACGCCCUGGUGUGGACCAAUGAGCAGGUGAUGCACUGGGUGCAGUCCAUCGGGCUGAAGGAGUACAGCGCUAACCUGCUGGAGAGCGGCGUGCACGGAGCCCUCAUCGCCCUGGACGAGAACUUCGACUUCUACAGCAUGGCGCUCAUCCUGCAGAUCCCCAUGCAGAACACACAGGCCCGGCAGGUUCUGGAGCGGGAGUUCAACAACGUGCUGGCGCUGGGUACCGACCGUCGGCUCGAUGAGAGCGAUGACAGGCCUCUCCACCGCUCGCCGUCGUGGAGGAAGCGGUUCCGCCCGCGGGAGGGGCAGGGCUUGGGCACGCUGCCCGGCUCCAUGGAAACGCUGCCCGCCGGCUUCCGCCUCACCGCCAUGUCUAUGCCCCCCUCCCUGGCCAUGGUGCCCAGGAAGCUGCAGCCGGAAGCCGGACCCCCGGCCCCUCAGAGGCUAGACCCCUCCGCCGUUCGGACUUACUCAUGCUAACCGCUCCAUGCUAACCGCAGCGCUCGCUCCACCAGUGCAUUCCCACUACCUGUAUGGACACAUGCUCGCUGCCUUUCGAGAGUGAAAUGCCAAAUGUGAAGAGGCCGUCUCUCGGCUCCUGGGAGCGCUGUGAGCGUAGAACCUGCCGACUGGCCCCAUUCUCCGACUCUGUGCAAUAGGGGAGGUGAAAUGCUGACCACUGAACCUUGAACUUUGAACUCUGAACUUGGGGGGGGGGGGGGGGUGCACUCUUGCGUACCUGCUGUGAAGGAGACCUCAGUCACGACAGUAAAUUUCCAGUAUUUCCAGUUACCUAGUUGCUGUAAGUGUGGUUCAGAUUCUCCCUGUUUUAAGCUGGUGUAUCUCGCCCUGUAGUCUGUCUUUCGUGGUAUAUAUCCUGUGUGCAUCUAUGGUAUACAGUAUAUAAGACCCCACCCCCCUACCGGUUAUGCAAGGUAAUAAUUAUUUUUUCUCUUUCUGUAUAUAAAAUGGAUGACAUAUGUUUUUAUAGAAAUAUAUAUGGAAUUUAAAUUAUAUUAUUAUCGUAUGAAGACUAAAGGUAGGUCUUAGCUGGUGACUGUUUCUGUAUGUUGGACCUCUGUUCGGUAGACCUGUGUUACCUUUGUCUGUUUUAAAGAUGACGGUGUGAGUAGUUGUUUCAUCUGAGGAGUAAUGUUUUGUGAAUACUGCGAUGACACUUACCUGUGGAAAUCGGUCAUUCCUCAAACCUCAAAGCGUUUAUUCAGCUCAAUUAUCCUUCCCCCUAUUUUUUAUAAAUGCAAAAACAUGAUAAAAAUAGAUGUUUCGCUGCUGUUCUAUCGAAUGGAGGACAGUUGGGUAUAAGAGGUGUGUAACCGGGGGGAAAAAGCAAUACUCUUUUAUAUCAGCUGCAUUGGGAGAUUUCAGAGCCUAUAAGGUGCUGUGAAUGCAGAGAAUCUCAUGUCAAAACCUCACUGUCAUCUGCCCCAUAGAACUGUGGGAAUUGUAGGAACCUCACUGUCAUCCGUCCCAUAGAACUGUGGGAGCUGUAGGAACCUCACUGUCAUCUGUCCCAUAGAACUGUGGGAGUUGUAGGAACCUCACUGUCAUCCGUCCCAUAGAACUGUGGGAGCUGUAGGAACCUCAUUGUCAUCCGUCCCAUAGAACUGUGGGAGUUGUAGGAACCUCACUGUCAUCUGCCCCAUAGAACUGUGGGAGUUGUAGGAACCUCACUGUCUAUACUGUGGGAGUUGUAGGAACCUCACUGUCAUCUGUCCCAUAGAACUGUGGGAUCUGUAGGAACCUCACUGUCAUCUGUCCCAUGGAACUGUGGGAAUUGUAGGAACCUCACUGUCAUCCGUCCCAUAGAACUGUGGGAGCUGUAGGAACCUCACUGUCAUCUGUCCCAUGGAACUGUGGGAGUUGUAGGAACCUCACUGUCAUCUGCCCCAUAGAACUGUGGGAUUUGUAGGAACCUCACAGUCAUCUGUCCCAUGGAACUGUGGGAGUUGUAGGAACCUCACUGUCAUCCUUCCCAUAGAACUGUGGGAGCUGUAGGAACCUCACUGUCAUCUGUCCCAUGGAACUGUGGGAGUUGUAGGAACCUCACUGUCAUCUGCCCUAUAGAACUAUGGGAGCUGUAGCUAACGUGCUGCUUUGCAAUAGACAAUGACAUUCAGGUUUGGUCACCUGUGCAUCUCAGUCAUGACACUUUACCAAGGCCUGCCCCUUCUCGCCACUGAGGGGAGGGGGUGGGGAGGGGGGGGGUGAAUCCCUGAAAGUGGAUCUGAGAUACACAUGGACUCUAAGCCCCUCCCCUUCCCCCUCCCCCAUCAUGAAUAUUAAGUGCAGACUAAAUUGAAGUGUGCUGUAUGUAUAUUCUUUCCCGCCAGUGUGUAAAUGAUAUUCUGAACGUUGUAUCGUGCUCUUGUGGCAGCUAUAAGUACUGUAAGUGUAUUUUAUGCCAAGUGUGAAUCAAAGCUGAGAAAUGAAGUCAUUUUUUGUUAUUAACAUGGUGUGCUGUAUUAAUUGUCCAACAAAUGACUGUGUAUAUACCUUUUUAUAUUUGUAUUAUUUAUUUUUAUUGAAUAUUUAUUUAACCAGGGUAGAAGUCACAUUGAGACACCUCUUUUGAGAGUGAACCCUGGAGCCUACAAGUCUGUGGACAUGACAUUGACAUGACAUUGACAUGACAUUGACAUCAUUAAAGAUCUAUAAUAAUUUCUUAUGUAAUGUGAUCAGGAGGCAAAUCUCAAUUCAGGAGUUUAUUUUUUUUAAAGUGCUACAGACCUCUGUUGUUCGAUGAGAGAACUGGUACGACUUUGACAAUCAACAUUCACACCUGCAAGCAGACAAGGACCCGACUCCCAGCCAGAACCAGGUGAAGAAACGCCCGUACUGACCCACCUCACCCCCAAGGGAAGGUUUGUUGGAGGUUCUGUGCCAGGCUUGCCUUGUGAAAAUGAUGAAAUGUUUAGUUUUUUUGUGCACAAGGACAUUUCCAGUCUGACAAUAAAAAAGGCUCUGGGCCAGUUUCCCAGACAUGUAUUAAGCCUUGUCCUAGACUAAAAAGAAAAAUUCAACAAUGAUCAACACUGAAAAAACAUGCAGUCUAAGACCAGGCUUAAUUUGUGUCCGGGAAUCCAGCCCUAGAAAAAUCCUAAAUUGAAAAUUUUUAAAACAGAGUGAUCGACUUCUGAUGACAAAGUGGUUUAAUUUCAUCUUUGAUUUUUUUAGUGUGAUGGUCGUUGAAUGCUUCUAGAUUAUGAAUAUUUGUUGACUCAUGGUAGCUGUGAUCUGCUGAGUUUUGGAGUGACCACUGUUCCCCAGGUGUAUAUGCCUCUGGAGCCCAGCAUGGACUCCCUGUCAGAUCCUUCCAGCGUUUGACCUGUCAGUCAUAUUUGAAUGACGGGACCCUGGUUACCAUGGCGUUAUGCUGUCUCUGGGGGGAGUUCACUCACAGGGGGCCAUUUGGCAAAGCUGCUAUUAUCUAUAGACCACACCCUUUAGUUAUAUUCCUACAAGAAUGACAUCUUGAUUUCUACACAAAAUGUUUGCUAAUUGCCACAGAUACUGUCAAAGCUAUGGUCCUGGAUUGGUCUGGAGAGCAGAGCUUUCUUUAAAAUAUGUUGGAAAUUGAUUGUAUUUUCCUCAGAAACUGUGAAGUUGAUCUUAUUGUUUCCUUAGCUCUGAUGUUUCGCUGUUUCACAUGCAUGCAAACAUUGAUAAUAAAGAAAGCUAUGAUA